AUGCCUUUCGGAAUCGCAAGUAUGCACACAAACGAUUGUGGCAGGAAGGCAUUAUUGCAUCUAGGAAACAAUAAAAUCGAUGUAGUUGGCGGCAAAUCAGCUGCCAGCAAUUUUGUGUAUAAUGUUGCAAAUUUAUUCUAUUCACCGGAAACACAAUCGCGCCAAAGCAUCGUUGACGAGUGUGCCACAUGCGGUAUCGGAUGCUUUUCGUGCAACGUCACCGAUGCUGCUGGAAAUGUCGACGACAGCAGUUCGCCGCAAUGCAUUCCGCAAAGGAAAAAUUGCGAUAAUAUCGUUGAUUGCGAAAACGGCUCGGACGAACAAAAUUGCGACGAUCACGUCGGGAACGAGUACUGGAAUCAUCUGUUUCGCAAAAAUCCCGGUGCUGAAAUCGACACGAAGGAAUGUUCGUUGCGAGGGUUUUCAGUGGAAAAUAAGACAUGCACGUGCCUCGCCGACAAUAUCAUCUGUACCCAUAAAGGAUUCACGCAAAUUCCACAUUUUCAACCGAUGAGCAGUAGCAUUGAUUUACUUGAUUUAAGUGGCAACUUUUACCCAGUUUUGACAAAACAAUUUUUUGAAACGUUGCCAAGUGUGAGAGAACUAGUGCUGAAACACUGUGAAAUAGAAACCAUCGAGCCAUUUGCCUUUGAUAGAUUGAGAUUUGUUCCUCUUCAUGUGCUUCACUUGAGCCAGAAUAAAAUACAAACUUUGCCAAAUCGUAUGUUUCCACACGAAACGAACCUGCAAAACUUAAUCCUCUCGGGUAACGAAAUAUCCGAAAUGCAGGAUUUGUGUUUCGUCAACUUGGAGCAUUUAAUUGAAUUAGACUUACGAAAUAAUAGCAUCACGACGUUCAACAAACAAGUUUUCGAGUCAUUGAAGCACCUCAAAAUACUAUAUUUGAACGAAAAUUACAUCACUGCUGUACCGGACAACUUGUUGCCCCGACUUGACAACCUCAUUAGCUUGUCACUGGACAAAAAUCAAAUUACUAAAAUUGGCCAGAAUGCAUUCAACUUUCCACGGUUGCAACAUUUAUUCUUAUCGGAAAAUCGAAUUCGAGUUGUGGAAGAGGGGACAUUUGCUCGAUUACCAAACUUAUUGGGAUUGAGUUUGAACGACAAUAACAUCAACGUCUUUCGAAGAAACGCAUUUCGAGGACUACAUAACUUGACAACGUUACAUUUGCAGAAUAAUGAAUUCAAGUCGUUAAGUUCCAAAACCUUGCAGAAUUUGACAAGUUUGCAACAUAUAUAUUUCAGUCAUUUUUCAUUAUGUCGCGCAGCAAUGCAUGUUCGGGUGUGUUUGCCUCGCGGUGAUGGUAUUUCCAGCACGAGACAUUUGUUGGAUAAUAUCGUGCUGCGUACGAGUGUUUGGAUUAUGGCUUCCAUCGGUAUUUUUGGCAACUUGCUCGUACUUUCGGGUCAAUUUUUCGGAGGUACUCGCACGCAUGCCGAGCAUUUGACGUAUUUGAGACAUUUGGCAGCGAGUGAUUUAAUUAUGGGAAUUUAUUUGGCAACAAUUGCAACGGCAGAUAUAACUUUUAGAAAUGUGUAUCUGGAACACGACGAGGCAUGGCGUCACAGUAUGGCGUGCGGUAUCUGUGGCUUUCUCAGCACAUUAAGUUGUCAAUCGUCAACGCUGCUUCUGACACUUGUCACAUGGGAUCGUCUCAUUUCCGUGAUACGUCCUCUGAAGCCCAGACCGCCGAGCAAAACGAGAGCUGUUGCUCGUCUCACAAUACUCUGGACAAUCAGCUCAACAACGGCGAUUCUCCCACUCACUGGCAUCCCGUAUUUCGGCGAUUAUUUCUACGGCAAUAACGGUGUUUGCCUUUCGCUUCACAUUCAUGAUCCGUACGCAAGGGGUUGGGAGUACUCUGCGGCAAUAUUUAUUUUAGUAAAUACCUUGUCAUUAUUAUUCAUUGUGAUAUCCUAUCUUCGCAUGCUGAAAGCCAUCAAAACGACCGGCGAAGCGAUGCGUAGCACGUUAAGUGGCAGAGAGAACAUUGUUGCGAGGCGAUUUGCAGUCAUCGUAGCUACAGAUUGCAUUUGUUGGCUUCCUGUCAUUGUCGUUAAACUUGCAGCGCUUGGCGGUGUUCAAAUAUCGCCAUACAUUUACGCGUGGCUCGCUGUUCUCGUGUUGCCGAUCAACAGUUCCCUCAAUCCGAUCAUUUACACGCUGACAACAGCGCAAUUUAAACAACAAAUCCGACGAUUUUGCUAUCGUCGCGGCUACGGCGUCACAAUUGAAUCGCAAUCAAAUAAUGGAUUUGAAUCAACGCUCGGCACCAGUCUGAAGCAUAUGCCAUCAAAUGGCAGUCAGCGACGCUUGUUGCAAAGGCAGAAAUCGGGAUUGUAUCCCUCCCGCAAACAUUUAAUACUCACCUUGGUAUAA